AAUCGAAUCGUUUGUAUAAAAGACUGUUGACCUAGUUAUGACACUAGUCAAUAUGGGUUAUCCAAAAAUAUACUUAUUAAUAUUACCAUUAUUCAUAUCAUCUCGCAUUAAUAUAUGUGAAGCACAAAAAAGUACCUUGGAUUAUUUUGUAGACCUUAUAAAUACUUCGAUCAAAGAAUCUUCAAAUUACAAAUUUCCUACGAAUGCAUAUGAAUAUAAACCAAAAGAUGAUAAAGUGAAGGAUUAUGGUACUUACGAUUUUGUCAUAAUUGGCGCUGGAGUAACCGGCAGUGUGGUGGCAAAUAGAUUGUCGGAAAUAACUAACUGGAAAGUUUUACUAAUAGAAGCCGGAGAUUAUAGUGAUGGGGGCUUCAUUCAAAUCCCAGGUUUUUUGCGACAGCAUAAAUCUUCUAAAUAUAAUUGGGAAUAUCCAUCGGUGCCGCAAAAAAAUAUGUGCCUUGGUAGUGUGAAUCAAACAUGUGAAAUAAGUCGUGGAAAAGGCGUAGGGGGCGGUUCUCUUGUUAAUGAAAUAAUAUAUAGCCAUGGUCCUUCCGAACAAUACAAUAGAUUAGCUAGUAAACUGAAUGACCCUUCGUGGAAUUUUAAAAAUCUCUUACCUUACUUCAAAAAAACCGAGCAUUUCAGUUGGAGAAAUACGAAAGCACCAAUAGACUUAUCCUAUCACGGUCAAGUGGGUUUACUACACAAUGAGCAUGGUUUACCAGAUAGCGUUUUUAACCAACCCUUCUUUGAGGCGAACAAAGAAAUGGGAUAUGAAAUAAUCGAUUAUAAUGGACCAAACAUGAUAGGACCUUCUUAUAUUCAACGUUUCAUUAAAAAUGGAAAGCGACAAGAUUUUGGAUCUGUUUUUGUAACACCGUUCCUUGGACGACCCAGCUUAAAAGUAACUCAAAACAGUUACGUUAUCAAAAUAGAAAUCAAUAAUGUUACUAAAGUUGCCGAGAGCGUUUUAUUCACCAAAGAUGGUGAAAUUUAUAGAGCGAAAGCUACUAAAGAAAUUAUAUUAUCCGCUGGUAGUAUAGCUAGUCCUCAAAUUCUCAUGCUUUCAGGCAUAGGUCCACAGAAACAUUUGAAAGAGUUAAAUAUACCUGUAAUAGAAAAUUUAGCAGUAGGAGAUAACUAUCAAGAUACUUUAAUUGCAGUUCUACCUUUCAUGUCUAGUUUUAAAUACUAUCAACCAUCCCUCCGCGAACAACUGAAAGAAUAUUUCAAUGGUACUGGUGCUUUAUCAUUUCCUCCAUCGUUACCUCAACUUGUAGGAUUUUAUCAAUUGAAUAAAACAGAGACUGGUAUACCAGAUCUGGAAUUUUUCACAUUGGUUGGCUUAGACUUGAAAGCUUUAAUGCAAGAUAAGCCAAAAUAUUCCAAUAACACGUUAUUGAUAUUAGGUGUUGAAUAUUUUCCCACUAAAUCUAUUGGCUCGGUAAGACUGGCAAGUAAUAAUCCAUAUGAUUAUCCCUUAAUAAAUCCUAACGGAUUCUCUGAUGAGCAUAAUGAAGAUUUAGAAGGUUUAUAUCAAAGUGUGGAGUUCAUUUUUAAGCUAGUUAAUUCCGGACCAUACAAAAAAUAUCAAUUAAAAUCUUUAAAUGUUCCUGUUCCGGCUUGUUCAACAAUUCAAGGUAAAGGAAGAGAGUACUGGCAUUGUGCAUUGAAACAAAAUGCUAUACCUGGAUUACAUAUGGUGGGUACCUGUGCUAUGGGUACUGACCCUAGCAAAGGAGCCGUAGUUGAUUCGAAUUUGAAAGUAUUUGGAGUCAAUAAUUUAAGAGUUGCCGACUGCAGUGUAUACCCGAAUAAUAUUGCGGGGCAUUCCACAAUUCCCUGUGCAACUAUAGGAGAGAAAAUAAGCGAUGUUAUUAAAAAAGAUUAUGGAGAAACUGUGUACUUGAAUUAAACGUAUUUAAAUAAAUCAUUUUCUAUGAAA